AUGGCGGGGCAGAAUCCGAACAUGGAUCAAUUCGAGGCAUACUUCAAGAGAGCAGAUUUGGACGGAGAUGGUCGGAUCAGUCGAGCCGAAGCUGCUGCCUUUUUUCAAGGAUCUGGCUUGCGCGAGGAAGUUUUCUUCCAGAUAUGGUCGCAUUCUGAUCGUUCACGGAGUGGUUUCCUUGGUCGGCAAGACUUUUUUAAUUUUCUGAGACUUGUUACAGUAGCACAGAGCAAGAGAGACCUGACACCUGAGAUUGUUAAUGCGGCACUGUAUACUCCUGCAGCAGCCAAAAUACCACCUCCCAAAAUCAACCUCUCAGCUAUUCCUACACCCCAACCUAAUCCUGCUGCUACCGCAGCCCGUCCGGUUUCCUCAACAGGUUAUCAGAACGUUGGGUUUAGAGGACCAGGAGCUCCAAAUGCUAAUGUCAACCAGAAUUAUUUUCCACCUCAACAGAGCCAGCAAGUGAGACCUAAUCAAGGAGUAUCUGGGCUGACUUCACUUAGACCAACUGUUGGUCCAGGGUAUAGAGCAAAUGCCUUACCAGGUCAAUUUCAACCAGGUCCUGUUGGUAAUGUUACUCGUCCUCCUCAGGCUGUUCCCACUAGUGCACCUGGUCCUGGUGGUUCAGAAUAUAGACCAAAUGCCUUACCAGGUCAAUUUCAACCACGUCCUCCUCAGACCGUUCCCACUAGUGCACCUGGUCCUGGUGGUUCAGAAUAUAGACCAAGUGCCUUACCAGGUCAAUAUCAAACAGGUCCUGUUGGUAGUGUUACUCGUCCUUCUCAGGCUUUUCCAACUAGUGCAUCUGGUCCUGGUGGUUCAACGUUUAAUCUUGAUAAUUUGUAUGCUGGAAACACCAGUGUAUACUCGUCAGGCUUUGGAGGGGGCAGCUCAGCAGCACCUUAUCCUGGUGUAAAACCAGAGUCACAAAUAGAUCCAAAAGCGCUGGUUGUAUCUGGAAACGGAGGUGACAUGUUUUCCUCCUUCUCGCAAAAACCACAACCCACUCUGAGUAAUUCUUCAAUCAGUUCAGCCAUUGUUCCUGCUUCUGCUGGAACCCAACCUCCACUGAAGCGUAAUGCUCUCGACUCUCUACAGAGUACAUUCUCAAUGCUGCCAGCAGGAAAUCAACCUCAUCAGCCAAGGCCAGCAGCAAGCUCACAGCCGCCUACAAUGUCUUCUCAAGGUCCAUCCUCUGGUUUGCCACAUGGAAAUGCAGUUGGAUCCGGCCAUCCAACUCCUGCUGGAAAUAAUGAGCCUCCUUGGCCAAAAAUGAAACCAUCCGAUGUCCAGAAAUACGCAAAGGUAUUUAUUCAAGUUGAUAGUGACAAGGAUGGGAGAAUCACUGGUGAGCAGGCAAGGAAUCUGUUUUUUAGCUGGAGGCUACCCAGGGAGGUAUUGAAGCAUGUGUGGGAGCUGUCUGAUCAGGAUAAUGAUAUGAUGCUUUCUCUGAGAGAGUUCUGCAUUUCAUUGUAUUUGAUGGAGCGGUAUAAAGAAGGACGUCCCCUCCCACCAGCACUUCCUAGCAGCGUCAUGUAUGAUCAAACAUUAUUAUCUAUCUCAGGUGCACCUAGUCAUGGCUAUGCAAAUGCUGGAUGGGGAUCUGGUCAAGGUUUUGUUCAGCAACCAGUGAUGGGUGCGAGGCCAAUCACUCCAGCGACUGGCAUGAGACCACCAGUCUCUCACCCUGGCAGUGGUAUAGCAUCUAAUCAGGAAAGGAAUCAAGCGCCUGCUUUGGAUGAUCCGUUUGCUAGUCACCUAGGUAACGGACAUUCUGCGAGCUCGAAUCCUCAAGAAACAGCAACUGAUGGGGAAAAGGUUGAUGAAAAGAAGAAUGUUUAUAUGGACUCCAGGGAGAAACUUGAAUACUACCGGACGAAAAUGCAGGAUAUUGUCUUGUACAAAAGCAGGUGUGACAAUAGAUUAAAUGAGAUCUCUGAAAGGGCUUCCUCUGACAAGCGUGAGGCUGAAACAUUGGCAAAGAAAUACGAGGAGAAGUAUAAGCAGGUUGCAGAACUAGGGUCAAAAUUGACUAUUGAAGAGGCCAGGUUCCGCGAGAUUGAGGGGCGGAAGAUGGAGUUGAGCCAAGCAAUUGUGAACAUGGAGCAAGGGGGUAGUGCUGAUGGUCUACUUCAGGUCCGAGCUGACAGAAUACAAUCAGAUCUAGAGGAGCUGAUGAAGGCUUUAACUGAACGUUGCAAGAAACAUGGGUUGGAGGUUAAGUCGAAGGCCCUUGUUGACCUUCCAGCUGGCUGGCAACCUGGAAUUCAAGAAGGGGCAGCUCUGUGGGAUGAAGAAUGGGAUAAGUUUGAAGAUGAAGGAUUUGGCAAUGAGAUUACUUUUGAUAAAACAAAAGAGCAAAACUCGUCUGGUGAAAAGGAAAACGGUACGGUGGAUGAUGGUAGUGGACCACAUGAUUCGCCGACUCAUUUAGAUGAGAAUUAUGGACCUUUUUCAGAACCUUCAGACCGCCACUAUGAGAGUGAAUAUGGGACAACUCACAGUGAAGAUGAAUCAGGGAGAAGUCCCAGAGAAAGUCCGGUCUAUAGAACUGCUACUGAGGUCCCAUCUCCAAAUUCUUCUCAUGGAAAGGGUUCUGAAUUCUUUGAUGACUCGAAUUGGGCAAGUGCAUUUGACACUAACGAUGAUGUGGAUUCAGUCUGGGGAGUCGAUGCAUCAAAAAGCCAGGAUGGAGACUAUUUUGGAUCUGAUGGAGAUUUUGGUGAAAACUUAGGAAGAGCAGAUUCUCCAACCUCAAGAAGCUUUGGCGGUCAUAGAAAGAGUGCUUUUGAUGAUUCAGUUCCCAGCACUCCACUCUCGAGAUUCGGGAACUCUCCUCCUAGGUUCAGUGACGCAUCAACCAGAGAUAACAACUUUGAUAGCUUCUCAAGAUUCGACUCCUUCAACCAUAGUGAAGCUGGGGCAGGUUUCUCCUCCUCCCAGCCCGAGAGACUGUCACGGUUUGAUUCCAUCAACAGCUCUAAAGACUUUGGUGGAGCUGCCUUCUCCAGGUUCGACUCAAUCAACAGUAGCAGAGACUUUGGUGGUCCCUCGCUUUCAAGAUUCGACUCAAUGAAUAGUACAAAGGAUUUCAGUGGGAGCCAUAGAUACUCGUUUGAUGAUGCAGACCCGUUUGGUUCUACAGGUCCCUUCAAAGUUUCCUCUGAUGAUCGAAGCCCCAAGAAAAAGUAUUCCUUCUAGCUCAAGUACCGCAACUGAUUAUAAAUUCUUUUUUUUUUUAAAUAUAUUUUUUCCAUAAAUUCUUGAUUGAUGAACUUAUGGUUGUUCCAUAAAAAUCUUGUAAAGUUUUCCUCCAGAUAUUUUUGGUUGAGGCAAUAGCUUUAGAAGACUUUUUUACUGUUAUCACUGUUCUGUUCUUAUGAAUUCAUUUGCUUUAUAUCAAAAAAAAACUAUUUGUU